AUGGCAACCAUCCAAGGCAACAGCAGACUCGAGAUAUUGCCCAUCGAGGUCCUCAACAUGGUCCUCAGAGAGCUAGCCCCAGCAGGCACCGACCUUGAAGGCCAUGAGGCAGAACAGAAACAGUGUGACGAUCUGCUCAGAAUGUGUCUGGUUUCCAAGACCAUGGACGCAGUUGCUAGGCGUCUCCUAUAUCAAGACAUCCGCUUGUGCCGUCUGGACGCCAUGGUCUAUCUUCUGGCAACAUUCUAUAGAAACCCCUCCCUCACAGGUUUAGUCAGAUCUGUCUUCUUCAGCCCUGACGAGGAGGACGACGAUGACGAUGUGCCCCUUGCCUGCAUCCUCGACCUCACGCCCAUGUGUAGUCACCAGGAUCCCGACUACGCAUUUUGGACGGCGGGAAGAGUCACGGCAAAGGCUCGGAUGUCACCGAUGACCAGGGAACAGGUGAUCUACACCAUGUUCUAUAAAGUCUUGUCUCGGACCUCAGCUCUGCACACGGUUGGAAUACUCGAGGAUAUCCACCGUCCAAUGACACCCUCCACCGCUGGCCUACUUCGAAAGUUGUUUUCCCUUCCAGGACUGCAAAAGGCUGUUUGGUCCAACUUGAAGCGACCGGUCAUAGUACACGGGGUGCUAUGGCCUAGUACCUGGCCGUCCAUCUUUGGCCCUUCGACGAAUCUUGGAGAUGGCGACAUUCCGGUCUCCACAGGUGUGAAGAGAGUCGAGCUUCGAUACAAGAAGCUUCGCAUCGAGAAUGUGAUCAGUCUCAAGGCAGCCUUCCCGUGUUUAGAGUCUUUCACAAUCGUCAACUGCGUCUUCGUGGAGGAGAGGCCCACUCCGAGCAACCACCCUCUGUUUCGAGUGCUUGGGGAAUUCCAGAACUUGCACACACUUGAGCUCGACUCCUUCGCUGAAUGUUUCAUUGCACCAAUCACAACAGCCUCGGGACCAUCCACACUCUUCAACCUUUCUGACUUGUCGGCGUUACACACUCUGGUAGUGCCAGCGGACGUUUUUAUUCGGUUCGUGCGCGACGAGAAGGAGCUGCGCAUCGAAGGCUUACGUGUCGUACUUCCUGGCUCGCUGCGAUGCCUGACCUUGGUUCUGACCAAACGGUUCCAGCUCAAGUUGCGGAGGUCAGGCCAUGGGAUGAUGAGGCACGAGAUCAUCCGCGUGUUUAGAGUGUUUUUGCAAGAGUUUGGACCUACACUUCUCGAGGACUUUCCUCACCUGGAAAAGAUUGGCCUCUGUUACCAGCUAAUGGACUAUCGCCAGCAUGAUGUUUACUGUCUGGUCCCGCGGCCGACAACAUAUGCAGAGGAGGCCCGCUGGUCGAGUUGGGUUGUCCCCGAGCGCUUCGGACGCCACAUCGAAGAAGAGCGGUAG